CCCUCACUCUUUGUCAUCUCCUGGUCAUCCUGCUGAAAUUCGAUGUAUCUCCUCGUGUCCUGCUUGUCGGUCGCUUUCUAGUCCUCCCCAGUCCAGUUUCCAUCCCUCGCUCACGUUCCUCCUCCCUCCUCUCUCUCUCUCCAGCUGCUGCUGCUGCUGCUGCUGUCCCCUCUCUCCUCUCUCCUCUCUCCUGCGGUGCACAGCUCGUACACUCGUCCCUCGUCGUCGACCGCCUUCCCUCGAAUGCGGCCGCCCGCUGUGCACAAAACCUGUCCAUGGAGUCAUUCUGCUCUCUUCUCCGAGAGAAGCGGCCAUUCCUGUGCUGUACAGACCUCGCGCACUAUUGCUCCUCAAUUCCGGACUUCUAGUGUACUUUUGUCCACACUCCGACCCAGCGCUGUAAUCUCUCUCUUCUAAGCCCUUCCGACACUUUGCGAGCCCGUCCGCUGUGCACAUACUUACUUAUCUCUAGCUCUGGGCCAGGGAUCCAGCGAGCCUCACGUAACUUCUUGCAUCGAGAGGGGGACUGACUCGAGCUCUUAGAGCGAUUCGACGCGUAGUAUGAGAGUGGCAGCGGCGAGUGUGCAGCCUCUCGCAAUCAUGCCGAUUUCACCGCCUCCCGUCAGCUAACGACUGCUAAAAAGGAUUUCCAUUCUAGACCGAUCCGGGUCCAGGGCUCGCUCGUUCGCUCGUUCUCAGCAGCAAUCUGUCUUUCCCGUGUCCUCCCUCUAUGUUUCUGUUCUUCUCAAUCUCAGAGUGCGUUUGGAUUGUGUCUUGUGGCGGCUUCCUCGUCACGCUCCGUGUUGCAGCAGCUCCCUUUGGCACAUGCACUUUCAUGUCUCCUUUUCUGUCCCCAAUCUAUCGAGACCUUUUCCUGCUCUACUCUGACUCGAAGAUAUCUUAGUGAUCGUGGCCGCGUAGAUUGCUUGCUUGCUGCAAAGCAAGCUAGCUCGACUGGACUUGCCACGCUCUUCCCAUUCCUCCUUUUCCUCCUCCUCCUCCUCCUCCUCCUCCUCGUGGCAAUUGCAGCAGCGUCGCAGAUCCAAUGAUUUUUCCAGUGGCCUGCGGGAAUAUUUUGCUCUCCACCUCCAAGGACGGCGUCUCCACCAUUACCUGAUGCUCCAUGAUCAUAUCCGAUACCGAUGCCCGACGACGCCUGAUCCCACUUACAGCAGCUGAGAUGAAAGAAUUUUCCUGCUUCCGGACUUGACGAGACCAUUUUGACGAGAGGAGUGCGCACGAACGAAAACUCGAAGGUGACGAGACGAGAAGAGACGAGACGAGACGAGAGGACAGGACAGGACAGGACAGGAGCUAGCGAGCAAGCAUCCAUUCAUUCAUUGAUUCAUCCAACCAUCCAUCUAUCUAUCCACCAAUCUCCGGGUCAAAGGGGUUAAUUUUGAGACACUGCGGAGAUUUCGAAGAAAGACAAAUUCGCUCGUAUUGAAGGACAUGGAAGGAAGAGCUUCGUGUCGUGGAGCGAGCUGAUCGAACCGCAAUGCGAAACAGGCCCCCGAGGACCCAAGAAUCAGAACUUUCCGAUGGAGAAGCUCCUUUAAUUCUCGUCCAUGUCAACUGACAGCCCAGCCCGCCCGCCUCCUUAAUAGACGACGAUAAUUUUAUUGACAACAACGACGACGACGACGACGACGACUCGACGGCUCAAAGCUCACGAGCUUUUUGUUUACAGCGACAGACAGACAGACUGACAGACAGACAGGCUGAUCAGAAAUACGAGGCAGAAGAAUUUGAGCACGCAAGGAACGAGAUAGUUAUGCACAAUGCUUCUCCAAGGUGAAAUUAGCAGUGGCAGCGACGAGGGCCCGACGUGGAGGGACCCGUCUUCACGCAAGCGGCGGUCGUCAUCGAGCGGAGACACUCAAACUCCCGACCGCUCGUCGGAGAAUACGCACAAUAUCGGCAGGCCUGGAGGAGGAGGAGGAGGUGGUGGAGGAGGUGGAGGAGGAUCGAGCCCCAGCGCGAGCCCUCGGGGAAGCCCAUGCUUGGGCUUCUCGGGCAUGGGACGCAGCGGCGGUCAAGUUCGGCAAUACGUCCGCUCGAAGAUGCCUCGCCUUCGAUGGACUCCGGAUCUCCACCUUUGCUUCGUGCAUGCUGUGGAACGCCUCGGCGGCCAAGACAGAGCUACACCCAAAUUGGUUCUUCAGCGGAUGGAUGUGAAGGGCUUGACGAUAGCGCACGUGAAAAGCCAUUUACAGAUGUAUAGGAGCAUGAAGAACGACGAAAAUGGGCAAGCAACUAUGCCACAAACUGAACGCAAAAUACCAGAAGGACCAGAUAGUUCCGAGACGUUUCCGAGAAUUCGACUCCAGCAUAGCGACAAUGGGACUGUCCUGAUCAAGGACGAGGCCACCAAUACUCAACAUUAUCACAAUUUUCUUCACCGACAAGUGCUCCAACCUCUCGAUCAUCACGCAUCAUCGAGACAUGACAGUCUCGCAUGGAUGGGGCAACCUGAAUGGAUUCCUCGAGCUUAUACGGCAAACGAAAAUGCUACAGUAGCGCCCGGCAGCCAGGCGCAUUGGGCAGCUGAACACGAAGGGCAUCAGAUAGAUUACUGGAAUAAGAAGGACCAAAUCUUGCAUACUGCCUCAUCCCAAGGACCCGGAGCCGACGAUCGGAACAAGAGGCAAUCUGUAUCGAUAGAAUGGGACAGAAAACCUGGCUCGGUAGAUGAGUAUCCGCCGAGACUCAACCUGAUGAGCGAUGGCUGGUCGAGAGUUCCCGCUGCCGAAGACGCCUACCAAAUGAAUGACAGAUUACGGAAGAGUGAAAUGGAAACCGAGUGGGGCAAGUGGAGGAUGCACGAGGUCAGAGUCGAUGCAGCCAACAGAGGUUUGCAAGCAGGCUCUCUGGGACACUCGGCUUACUCAAAUAUAUCGACACCUCUCUUCAAGGCUGCAGCUCCUGCUCCUCAAACACGGGUGGACACGGACAGUUCCAAAGGACUGCAACAUCUGGACCAGAGUGCAUGGGAGUCCGAUGUCCAAGGACGCAUAGCUCUCGAGCUGCAGCUGCAGAGAAAUCUGGAACUCAAACGCAUGCAGGAGGAGAAGACAGAAGAAAAGCUGCGAUCCGCGGCAGCAGCAGGUCACGAUCAGCUGCACCAGCACGGCAGCAUGAACAUGCACUGGAUGUCGAAGCUCGUGGAGACGUCGAUGGAGAAGAGCUCGAAACGGCCUCCGGCUUUGCAAUUGGCGGAGGAUCCUCCGGACAGCACUCUUUCUCUAUCGUCCCUGUCCCAAUCGUAUAGCACCUCAUCCCAAUCGAGGCCGGUUCGUUCGGCCUCCGUGGUCAAUAUACCCGAUAUGAAUGAUGUGGAAGGUCCUCCUUUACAGAUGUCAGAAGAAGCAACUUGCAUACAACCUCCCCAGGGUAUAACGUUAGAUCUUACUAUGUCCAUUGGAGCCGGUUGAGACCAGACUCCUUCCGUGGAUCAUUUUAGAGCGAGCAAGGUACUUCAUUUACCAUUACACAGGAGCUUGCUUGAGGUGCAUGGUUUCGUUGGGUCCGACUCCUCUCGGUGUCAGACACAGACCAUCUGCUUCUGAACAGUAGAGUAGUCAUCAAAUCAGAAGCUGAACUUGGAAGUUUGGAACUAGCUCCUCAAAUGUUUCCCCCUCUAGUGAGAAGGGAAAAAUUCCUGUCACUAGGUUCAGAUGAGAAUCGAGGGAAAUUUGAAACGUAAAGCAAGUACACUCAUAGCAUUCAGCAGCUAGAUAGCUUUCAGAUGAGGCACUCAGAUGUAACUAGGAUCUCCAGGAUGAUUCUUUAGAACCACGUACGCACACACAUUGAUUCAUUCAUGUUGAACAUAAUAUCAGAGUUUCAGACUUUACAUCUCAAUAAGACACGAAGCGAGCGCAGCAUGGAUCAAAUUUGAUUCC